UUUGCGCGCGAAAGCACGUGCCGUUCGGUUUGACGUUUGCGAAAAGUUUUUCGUUCAACCAAAUAUUUGCUGUGUUGGAAAAUUGACAAUAAUUGGAACAGUGAUGUGUUUCGUGAUUCGAUUGGAUUUUGUAUGUGAAAGGAGUACAUUGGUGCAGUGAAAAGGAAUACAAUUCUUUCGUACCAACUGUUUCGUUUCAAAAUGCUUAAGUGGGCUGUCUAUGGAAAGAAAAAUCAAGAUAUUCAAGUUCAUUCUGAAAAUGAACACGAAGAAAUAGAUAUUAAUAGACGACCAUACGAUGAUAAGUUAAGAAGAUCUCUCGAUGCACAAUCUGUUAAAAAGAGCAAAAAACCCAGCAGAUAUCAGAGAAGAUCUUUAGGUGCUGCUAAUAGAAAAUCUAAUGUAAAAAAUGUAGAUAAAGAGAAUAUUAAUUAUAUAGGAAAUACACCAAAUUAUUUUAAAGAAGGCUUCGUUAAGAAGCUGGAUAAUAAUGCGUUAAAAGAUGUAAGUAAUAUUACACCUACAUCAGUCACACCUAAUUUUGAGCGGAGAAAAUUUUACUACGAUGAGAAGGAAGAUAUACCACCAGACUUACCACCGACUCCACCUACUUACAGUAGAAGAGUUCGUGAGGCAAAGAAACGAAAAUUAGAAAUGACUGCGUCGAAUAACAAUGAAGUUUUUUCUAGAAAUAGCGCCGUAUAUAAAUCUGAAAGAAGAAUUAAACCUGUUGACCGAAGUCUCUUGAGUGGUUCAACUCUUAGUCAUAGUGUAUCUGAACCAUCACUUAAUGAUUUAUCUGAGAGGUUGAGUAUGACAACGGGAAGUAAUAAGAGUUCUUUUACUUUUUCAAAACCGCUCAGUAAUAUCAAACCAAUAUGUACUACAAAAACUGCAAACGAAGAUAUUGCAGAAAUCGAAUAUGAUGAGGAUUUAGUCAUCAAUUGUAUAGAAAAACCUUUAGUUGAUAAUAGCAAAUUAGAAAAAUCGACUUUACCGAUCUUUGGACAUCGAAUGUUUACAGAUAAUCCCUUAUACUUUAAUAAAAAUGAAGAGGAUUUGAUAAACAUAAAACCACUGAAGAGGACGAGAAAAAAAUCGAAUGAAUUUGAAAGUUCCUUUAAAUCUCCUUCGAUAGAUAAAAGAGAUGUUCAUUCUUUAGUAAGAGAAGGUUGCUCUCCAGUAUCAGUAACACCUUUAUCGAUUAAACUUGCUGCGUUACGAUUUAGUGCUAUGAGUACACAUACGAGAACUCAAAGGGAAGAAUGUCCGAAGGCUGAUGUAACACAAUAUUUCCCAAAGGUAGAUAACCCUUUCACGAUAUCGUUGAAAGACGAAGAAAUUUCCACUGAAAUGGAAAAUAAAUUCAUACUAGAUAAAGAUUCUUUAAAUAGUGUCGCAGAAUCUACCGUUUCAACUACUGAAAUGGGAGAUAUUACGCUGGAAAAAAUGAUUGAGGAUAUAAUCAAAAGUACGAAGAUAGUAAAAUCAAAAAGAAGAAUAAUUCAACAAACUCAUCAUAAUCCCCAUAUAGAAGAAGAUAUUUCACCAAUGACGGAAUCGAAAGACCUUUUUGUUAAUCCGCAAACAAAUAUUAAAAGCAAUUUAAUAAAAGAAGCUAAAUGCGUUAACAUUUCUAGAGAAAAUUCUGUGUCACCAAAAUCAACACCAACCAAAAAAUUGUUUCAAAGAGAUACAACGAAACUAUUAAAGAAUGUACCUAUUGGGGGUUUUAUUUUAGAUGAUGGUGAUGGUUACAAUGAACGGGAAGUAAGAACUCCAGAUACAGACAUUAAAACUAAACAAAGAUAUAUAGAAUGUCUGAAUAGGUCGUUAAUGAGAUCAAGAUCGAUGACCUGUGCAAGCGAAACACAGAAUUUAGAAAACAUGUCAUCAGAAUCCACGCCAGAUUUAUAUUUAGCUGUACAAGAAUGUGGAAACAAUAGAUUAAGAAGACAGAAAUGUAUACGCAGAAAGAAAUCGACAGUGAGCAAUGAUAGUCAGUUUAAACAAAAACAAUUAGAUUCCAAGUCACUUAUUCUCGCGCAAGAUAUGGGACUACCGAGUCCUGUAUCUGCGUCACCGGAUAAGUUUCCUUGUGAGCCUGCCAAUGAUUCUCACAACAACGAAGUACCUUUAGAAUUACCCAAUACUUCCUUAGCAUCAUGUGUAUCACACAGCAGUCUGAAACCUUGCAAGCCAAUACAAAACAUAAGAUCAAAGGAACUAUUUACUUUGAACCAUGAAAACGGCAUACCUAGUCCCAUUACGCCAAUCCCGAAUUUAAAACGAACGAGCAACAUUCUUAGUGAAGAAAGAGCGCAUAAAACUAGCAAGUUAUAUGAAGAUAUGCUACCAAAUGACAUAGCUACACCCGUAAUUGAACAUAGGUCGUCAAGAAGAUGUCUCACGUACUCUCCUGAAGAAAAUAGUAUAAGUAGUAGUGAGGAAAAACGGGGUAGUAUAGCCAGCAAUCGAUUGGAACGAAGCGCAGAUAGAUUUCAAGCUCUCAAAGGAACUAUUGACUUGGAAAUUAUAACUAGAAAUGAAGUAAUAGACGUGCACGUUAUCCGAUGUCGAGAUUUACAGCGAUCAUCGGGGAAAGUGGACGACAUCAACGCUUACGCUAAGGUCGUGAUCAGCGGUGUGACAGAGGCUCAAUCUCUUCCCUCUCAGAGGUCUAUAUUUCAACGUACCUCCGUCCUCUAUGGCAAGAGGGAACCGGAGUUCCAGAGGCACUUGAAGCUGCCCCUCCCUUCUGCUGUAUACGACCACCAAAUGCUCCAUAUUUCUGUUUGGCAUCGAGACAAAAAAUACAGGAGGAGCGAGUUUCUAGGAUGCGUCUCGUUCCCGCUAAAAGAUGCUAUUAAGAGCGACAUAUCCGGCACGUACUUCUUGCAACAGGCGACCGGCCGCCAGACGCUCGACGCGUGCCGCGUGACUGAGGAUCGACGAACCAUGGCCACGGAUAACACGGAGACCAGCACCAAUGAUGGAACUAAAGAGAACAAUGAAAAAGAUGUCGCAACAAACGGCCCUACAGCUAGUCAAGCGCAAGUCAACGCAGCAUUACAAAAAGAAGCUGAUGAGAAUCUCUUCUUACGAUAUUUGGAACUCGACCCGCCGGAGGAUCCGACCGCGCCGAGACGGGCACAGAGGAAUGGGAGGACACCGUUUACGAUUACUAGAAAACUAGUCCGCGGCACAGGCGGAGGCUUCGGUUUCACAGUAGUAUGGACCCGUCCACCGCGCAUAGAGCGUGUAGCUGCGGGUGGGGCUGCGGAGCGCGCGGGCCUGCGGGCUGGGGACUAUAUCGUGUUCGUGGGGAACAAGAAUGUGGUCACAGCCAGUGAGGAGGAGGUCCGGGGGCUUGUCAAAUCAGCGGGCCAAACCCUCAACAUAGAGACAUUCCGCCGCGUCCCCCAGAACGGCGUGGGCGCGCGGCGUGCACAGCCCCCCCUCCCGCACCCCCCGCCGCACACGCCCCUCCCCCCGCACGCCCCGCACACGCCCCUCCCCGCGCACCCCGCCCCACAGACGGACACGCCCCCUCCCCGCUCGCCCCGCGCCGCGCUCGCGUCCCCCGCCGCCCGCGCGCCCACCGCCUGCUCCUCCACCAGCCAGUCGCUCGACAGGCGCAAGCUGCACCUGCCGCAGGUCACGUUCUCCAAGGAGCCGCCAGGUCUGUCCACGGACGGCAGGAAGCGGUCACUCCUGGCAGUGAUUGCCAGGGAACAGCACUACGCAACUUGCCUGCAGUUUGGCUUAGUGCGUUUCGUCACACCGCUGGCUGAGAGAGCGGAUCUGAUCGCUCCUAGCGAUCAUCAGUUAUUAUUCCAAAAUAUUGAAGAGAUUUUUAGGCUAUCAGAAGAUAUUUUAGAUCAAGUGGUUCAAGAUGACGGGGAAAUCCAAACAUCAACGGUAGUCGCUGUGUAUUUACAGAAAACGCCUGUGUUCCUUAGUCUUUAUAAAAAAUAUUGUUUGGGAUUGAAAAGAGCGGAUUGUGUGCUAGUAAAAAAGUCAAAAGACCCCAGCGGAGCCUUCUCUCGAUUCUGCACAAGUCCCCCUAUACCUAGAAGAAGGCCAGACAUAACGUCAUUAGUGCACAAACCACUAGAGCAGUUCCGGGAGCUCUUGAGGCUGAUGCGGGCUGCGGCUGCUGGUAACGGCUCUGGACCUUACGAUCAGCUGGAGAAGAAACAACUUCAAGUUAUUGUAGAACAAUUACAGAGUGGUUAUCAAGAUGUAACAGCUGGUUCAGGUCUAAUGGGACUAGCUGGUGAUGGCAAACCCUUACUGUCCGUAGCUGAUCUUGAAAGUAGACUUGUGUUCACUAGAUGUAAGCCUUUCGUACUUAGCACUGCAGGGCGGCAAUGGAUAUUUGGAGGGGAGCUGUCAAGAGUCGAAGGAAGAACGGUCAGACCCUAUUGGGCGCUAUUAUUCUCAGACCUUCUUUUGUUUGCUACCGUCUCGAGGGACAGGGUAUUAUUUGUCACAGAAGAACCGGUUGCUUUAGCCACUGUUUCGGACGCUCAGUUCAAUGUUAGAAAAAAAGCGACGGAAUUUCGGCUAAUCCUUGGUCGAGCUGGUGGGGAGAGUCCACUCGUCUCCUGUGCUCCCAGAACUCCUGGAAGACAACGACCAAUAGUGCUUCGAGCACCGUCUAUUGAUUUAAAAGCCGUGUGGCAGAGUUUAUUGCAAAGGCAAAUAAAUCGAGCGCAUACAAUGUCAGGGACACCACUAGGCUCUCCACUGGAUUCCCCAGACCCGCAACUGACCUUCAGCCUGGCGACACUCGACUCACAGCAACGACAGACACGUCGGAGUUCCGCUGAAACGCAGACAGGCGCAGGAGGCAGUGCUGCAGAGGGAGGUCGCAGUUCUAGGAGUAAAGGGUCCACGUUGCACUUGCAACGAUGGAUGACGCAACUGCCUGAAGCUGACGAGCUGGAUCCUCCUGAACCCGAUAUGGAGAUGUGGAGCAUUGAAGAACUACGAAAACGAUCUAAAGAAUUAAAUUUACUGGAAGUGGCAGAUCUUGUUGAGAAGCAUGAAGUUAAGGAAAAUAAAGAAACAGUACAAGUUGAAAAGAAGGAAAAUGAACACAGUCCUUCUAAGAGCAGUAACUCUGGAAGUCAAAUCACAGUAAGAACUAGUCCAGUUGUUGUAGAUACAUUACCAGUAUGUAGACAGUGCCACAAGAAAUGCUUGUCGAAGCCAAAUAGUCCUUUAGUGUCCCAAAAGGAAUCGUUACCUUCUAAGCCAAAGCCAGAAGCAUCUCCACAAAACUCGAUUUCGAAUCGAAGUUCAAAGAGUGUAUGUAGUGCAAGUUGUGAAAAACGCAAACCGACUCAAUUUCACUGUCACUUGGAACGAAAAGGUGCUAUACGAAUACGUCCAGAAGACGGCCCCAAAGCGGCCAUAAAGGUUAUUGAUUCAAUUGAACAAAGCCAAAAGAUGUUGAAAUCGAAAUCGUAUGAACUUAAAACUGAUUCGCCUGUUAUGACUCGAAGUAGCUCAGAUGGUAACACAAAGAGUCAAUUGGAGUUAAGAAAAGAUCAGUCAAUAAGAUCGCCGAGUCCUACUUCAAGUAGUAGAAAUAGUCCUUUAUCCACAAGUCAUACAACAUGUAGCUCAAUGGUAUUUAAUUCUAGCUCUAAUGAUUUAAGAAUAUCAAACUCAAAUAUAACGAAUCCAGUCCAAUGUGUGAUAGCUCAAGAAAAAUAUAUAAAUGAAGUUAAGUGUGUGGAAAGUAUAACUUUACCAAAAUCAAGAACUUCAUCUCAUUCAUCGUCACCAACAGUUUUAAAAAAAGAGGAGUUAACGAGACAAAAGGCUGAAACCGUGCUUAAUAAAGUCUUAGGUAUUAAUAUAGUAACUAGAAGAGAAAAUGUUGGUACACGCCUGAGGACGUCUUCAGUUUUCUUAGAUGAUGACUCAAUGCAUGAAGACGAUAACGAUUUUAAAAUAGAACGAGGUUUAAGGAGAUCUCCUAGAAUGGGUAUUGCAGCUGUCAGUAGAAUGAAUGGAGAUAUUACUAAGAAAUCGGAACUAUGUGAAGAAAUAAAUGCUAAUACAAGUGAUGUUUUAUCGGAUGAAGAUACAGAAUUGGGACCACUUAUGUUAAUGGGUCUAUCGGCUAUAAAUCCAGCUGCGCAUUUGAUGAGAGUAGAGCCAUUUAAUAGAGCCUCAAUAACUAACUUGACUAACACUAAUUCAAGGCCAAGUAGUAUCGGCUCAGUUAAGUCAGAAUCACCAAUACCUAACAUUGCUGUUGUACCGCCUACACCUGAUUAUAAUACUACUAAUAAGACUGAUGAGCUUAUAGAUGAUUCUCCUGAUUCUCCUGAUGUCCCCGAUGAUCUCCCUUAUAUAUCAUUAAAAAGGUACGGUACAAUGUCAAGUUUAGAAAGACUCCCAUCUGAUGAGACUGAUGAUGGUAAUAUAAGACUGACAUCACAAGAGGUGGAAGCACCCAAACCUUACAAUGCAGUAACUAGUUCCGCUGCAGGCAUAAUGGGCUGGACAGCCCGAGCCGGGUCAUUUGUAGUUGAAAAGAUGAACAUCUUCAGUCAUACUGAAAACGUGCCAAAUACUUCAAUAGCUCACAAGCAGCCCUCUUUCUUAGAAAGGUGUUUAGGUGUAAGUGAAUGGAAGUCAACAUUAGGCACAGAAGAUGGAACAGUUGAGACUGGAGAGGGAAGUGGAGCUAGUGGAGAGGAAGCUUGGGGGACGCCUUCAUCUGGCGACCUCUCUGACAAUUUACCAGAUUCGGAUCAUGGCACUCUAUCGUCACCUACAAAGUCUUCUUCAUCAUAUGCUGGUGAUGAUGAUACCGAACUUAUGAUGGACGAGCUUCUAAUGGCGCCGACAAUAACAGGACCUACUACUUUAAGGCCACUUUUACCCAGAGAUGUAUUUAGAAGAAGACUAGAACCAUUAUUAGAAGAAGAGUGCUCUGACAGCGGCAGUGAAGACAACAAACCCACCCCUACCAACUCGGAUGACCAGGGCAGCGAGUUUGGCCCCGAUGCUGACGAUUGUUGCGACGCGCCGCACCUACCGCCCUCUGCUUCCGAGCCGGAAGCAGGGGACGGUGUGCGCGGCGCGGGGGUCGCGGCGGAUGGCGCGGGGCGUGGCGCCGCAUGCGACCUGAGUCCAGACCGGACUCCUACCAACGAAGUGCCUUCGAUACCCUUACAAUCUGUUUCAAAAGAAUAUGUGGAACGAGUGUCUGUUGGCGGCGGCCGUCGGGACUCGCUCAGUUCAGCCAGUACCCCUUCCACACUCGAACGCACCACCAUACACAACCCCACACCGAUGCAUCAGCUGUCACCAGCUUCGGAGGCAGUCCCAGAGCCAGCACCAGCGGACCGUCCGGCGACGCCCGAGCGCCUCACGCCGCGCGCGGAGAUGCGCCUCGCGCUCGACCAGGGGAGGGACAUGCUGGCGGAGCAAGAGAAGUCCUUGGGUGGCGGGUCCGACCACUGGUCGUUUCGCGCGGCGUGCCAGCGGUCGCUGGUGCGGCGCGUGGCGAGCGCGGACGCGGUGACGCUGUGCCGCCGCACCGCCCCGCAUACUACUUCGCACAGUUCUGUAUAUGCUUGGAAAGCUCCAGAAAACGAAACGAAACUUAUGGAGAUGGAGCAACUGGCACGAGCGGAAGCUCAGACGAUGCGUUCGCGGACGCGAUCUCAAUGCCAGAACGGGAAGAUUCUGGGUUUCCUCCGACGCCGCGCGUCCUCCGAUAGCCCCCGCCGGGAGCCGUUCGUACUGAACAGCGCGCGCCCGUUAUCCCCGCGCCGCACCACUGAAAGACAAUUCGACAAAAGAUUUUGGAAACAAGUGACCCGGAGAAGACAAUCUUGUGGUUCCAUCAGCCAAAUCUAAAGACGUUAAACAUAAGUGUUCAAAGAUAAUAAUAGAAGACUUAGAAGUGACAGAGAGUAGGUAGUUAGUGCAAGUGUUGCCAUUACGGACAUUUUAAAGAGGUUAGGGAAGUGAAUUUUUAAAAUAAUGGACUUUUAGUAAAGGGAAUGCCAAAUGUUGUCAGGUACGUAAGUAAUGCCAAAAUUAUGAACGAAUGGGACCUGUCGAUUACUCUUCAUAUCGUAGGUAGGCUCUUGGCUUAAAUAUUGUAGAUAGGUGUUACAAAUUGUAAGGCCUACAGUGUGGAAACUGAGAGAGCGGUCUAAAGUUUCUCAUACAUAGUUGUACAUAGUAAAACAUAGAUAAUAUAUAAUUUGUACUAAGCUUAAAACUUUGUAUAGUUACUUGUUUUAAUGCGUACGCUGUUGACUAUUGAGAAAGUAAAUCGUUUCAUAUAAUAAUUCAUCUUUUUAGACGUCCUUCUCAUUCUAGUUUUGAAGAGCUGGUCCUUUGGGUGGCUACAUUUUUAGAAAAUCUAUAUACAUUUUUAAAUUUAUUAUUCCUUGGCUGGUUGAACAUUUAAAGUGGUAACUUUUUUCUACGAUAAAAUCAUUUUGAAAAUAGACAAGACAGAGCAAGAUAUUCGCCCAACUAACUACUUACAUUUCUGAUAUUAUCAUACUAAUAUUUCUUACACAAGUGAACAAAAGGCUUGGAGAAUGGAGAUGCUGUAAAGUACAGAAAAUGUGUGAAAUAAUUUUUAAUAUAGUAACAUUGCGUGUUCAACCAGCAUACGAACAGCUUGUAUUUGCGUCUCGCGAUAAUCUGUGAACUGUUUUUUGUAGUUAAAUGUGACGAAUUUAUUAAUUUUAAACCAGAUCAAUUUUUAAAAUCUUGUUUGUGUCAUAUUUCAAAGGUGGAAAAUAAA